AUGGCCCACCGCAUUGUUUCUCAAGUCGUCGUGACCGGUGCCCGAGUUUUCGGCCGCGCCUUCGCCGAAGCCUACAAGCAAGCGCAAGCCACCGGCAAAUACAAAGGUCAACAAGGCGCCUCCGGAGGCUCCCUCACUUCCUCCAACCUGAGCAUCGACGAAGCCUGCAAGAUUCUCCAUGUCAAGCCCCCCGCGAGCGGCGAACAGAACCUCGAACACGUCAUGGCCCGAUUCAAGAAACUCUUCGACAUGAACAACCCCGAAAAAGGCGGCAGCUUCUACCUGCAGAGUAAGAUUCUACGCGCACGAGAGAGACUCGAGAUGGAAUUCCGAGAGGCCGAGCGCAAAGUUGCGCAUGACAAGGAGUUGAAGGAAGGCUGGAACCCCAAGGUCUACAAGGAUUGA